UUGGAACGGCACCGUCGAUUUUUGCGUCUAUGCUUUUUCAUUGGUCGGAAAAGAGGGGCGUGCAGAUGGCAGACAUCAGUUGAUAGUCAAGAGCUUCUGUUAUUGACGACGCGUUUUCGCAGCCUGCUUUCUUUUAUUUCCUUCUUCAUCUUUGCUAUAAAUGACUGCAAAUACCCAUCCUGCACCAUUCCGUACCUUGAGUUGAUAACUUUCAUUGCGAGUCUUCGUCUGCAGCCCUACAGAGCCCUCCUUGAACCUUGAAAUACAUUUUUCCAUUUAUCUACUCCUUUCACGAAGUUUUGAGUUCUAGUCUCGUCGAUAUGUCCUAUAAGAACACCGUCCUCGUCACGGGCGGAACUGUAGGCCUAGGUUACUACGCAGCUCUGGAAAUCGCCCGCAAGCAUCCUGAAUAUCUUGUCGUCGUCGCCUCGAGGACUGACGCUCAUUCCGCCGCUACAACAAUCAACAGCACUCUCCGCCAAAAGAAUUGCCUUUUCAUGCCUCUCGACCUUGGCUCCUUUGCUAAAAUCCGCUCCUUCGUCAACGUCUGGGAAAGCAAGAAAUAUCCACCCAUCAUCGCCUUACUUCUGAACGCUGGUCUCCAAUUCCCAGGAGAAAUGCAUUGGACAGAAGAUGGAAUCGAGGCUACCUUUGGAGUUAAUCAUGUUGGCCACGCUCUACUAUUCCAUCUCCUCGUCCCAUUCAUGACCAAGAAUGCCCGAAUCGUCGUCACUGCCAGCGGAACUCACGACCCUGCGCAAAAAAGUGGCAUGCCGGACGCUACAUACAUUACUGCAGAAGACGUCGCACACCCCGAGCCCGGAUCCGAUAAGGGGAACGGUCGCCUACACUACUCGACCAGCAAGCUGACGAAUAUACUCUGGACAUAUGCGCUCAACCGUCGCUUCGCGGCUCUGGGCCAGCAUAUGACGGUCAUUGCAUUCGACCCGGGACUCAUGCCCGGCACGGGGCUGGCGAGAGAAUAUCCUCCUAUUUUGAGGUUCAUCUGGAAUCAUGUCGGGCCGAGGCUUUUGUGGUUGCUGAGGCGGUUGGUGACGCCUAAUACUCACACGCCGCAAGAGUCUGGAGCGAGCCUGGCGUGGGCGGCUGUUGAUAAUAUGGAGACGGGUGUGUAUUUUGAGGGGAGGAAGAAGAUUCCUAGUAGUGUCGUUAGUUAUGAGGAGCCGAAACAGGAGGAUUUGUGGGAGUGGACGGUUAAGACUGUGUCGACGAGUGAGGAGGAGAGGAAGAAGUUUGAUAUUGGGAAGUGAGUAUCACCGGGACUUGAGGCUGUGUGGAUCGUUGGCGUUUUCUUUCUGUAUGAUAAUCUUUGCUGCUUGUUGUCGUUUCCGUCGACUUCAUUCACUCUACCUUUGACGUCAUGUUCUAGUCUAAUUUAUUUUCGUUGCACAUCGCAUAGCAGAACCACCUUCCUAUGGACCAUGCUAUCGGGAAUAUCAACUUAAGAAGUCUUAAAUGUUAGGUUCCAUGGA